AUGUGGCUUGUCUUUGCUUUGAUCUAUACCAUAUGGCAAUUCGUCAUUGUUGCUAAUGGAAACGAUGGUAUAUGUAUGAAAGGGAACAUCAUGACAAAUAUGAAGCGGAUGCACGGGAAAAUUGUUUCCCUCGAAGACGUAAUUGUGGACGUAAAAUCUACGUUGGACAACUUGGAAGCGACAGUUAAACAAUUGAACAGUUCAAUUGAACUUGUCAGUCAUCGUCUUAGUACAGUCGGUACGAAGGAUGCAGUUAAAGCCCCGAAGUAUCAAACGACUGUAAUCUGUGAAGAUCGAGAUAUUUAUAUUUUUUGCUUGGGAUCCAGCAAAAUAGAAAUACUUACAGGCAAUUAUGGAAGGAGCGACAAGGAUAUUUGCAGAACACCAAGAAACACUAACGAGAGCGCUUACCAGCUUUGCAGCUUUAAUUCUACAAUUAAAACUACUACUUAUCUCAAGACAAACUGCGAUGGAAAGAUUUCCUGCCAAAUUGACACUAGUAUGAUUUUAGAACAUGAAGAAAAAUCUUGCACAGGGAUUAACAAAUACCUACAAUUUCAAUGGACGUGUCUUGCUCCUGAGAGCUUUACAGAUAGUGUACAUGGAAUAACAAUCAUUGCUGAAAAUGGCAUAACCUGGGAUGGUGCUAAACGUGAAUGUGAGAGAGAAGGAGUCGGGUUGUACAUUGAUGAUAGCGCCGGAAAGCAAGCUGAACUUGACAGAGCCCUAAAGUCUCAAGGUAAAUUAUACGCGCAACUUUAUGGGGAAUACUGGUUAUGGAUAGGUGGUUAUAUACCCGAUCCCUCACAAAGCCAUACUAAUUGGAGAUGGGAGAACGCACCGCGGAUGAUAGGCACUUUCAGACCUUGGAAAUCAGGACCAACGUUCCGACAAGGUGACUCCAACUACAACUGCAUUUACCUAGACAAAAAUGGAUUGAAUUGGAAUAAGAUGCUUUGUGAAAAUACAACGGAAGGCAGCAUAUGUGAAAUAAAGAGAGAGAGUGGAGCGUGCCCUUCAAACUACGAGAACCUUGGGAGUUUCUGCUACCGCUUCAUAACGAGAUCAAUGACGUGGCGAAAGGCAAAGUCGAGCUGUGAAAUGGAUGGUGCCGAUUUAUAUAGUGAUGAAACUAUCGAGAAACACAAUGCAGUGCAAACGUUUAUAUCAAAAAUGAAUCCAGAUGCAUCCGGAAAGAGAUGGUGGACCGCGGGUCAUAUGUUAUCAACUACAGAGGGAUCUCAUUUACAAUGGGCAUGGGCGACCUCACGUGCAAUCGGAUCAUUCAGAGGCUGGUCAGCAGGUUUAAAAAGAGAUGUGUGGUGCACCCUAGCAAAGUGUGGUCCCACGCUACUAGAGAUUUUACAUUUUGGCAUGCCAUAUCCUGAUACCAUGGUGAACUAA